CUGGAUGAUGGCUGCAAGAGAGCCCUUUUUGCCCUGAUUAGAAAAAAUUGCAUUUCCAUGUACCCCCCAUAUCAUAUGUACCAUCUGCUUCUGAGGGGUGACCAUUUUUGCAAACCUACGCUCUCCACCAUCUUUGCUUUUUAUCUCUUGAUGACAAUCCACUUCUUUGUUAUCAUUGACUGUUCAAACCAAACAGAAAAAAUUUAAUGUUCCUCUUACACCCAGGAAUUUCAUGCUACCAAACCGGACUUUGAACCCAUAUUGACCCAGUGCCCCCCCCAAAAAAAAUCACAUGAAACCAAAGCUGGGAAAGAGAGCAAAGCUUCUGAACACGCACUACCACUGUACAUUAAGCAACCACUAAACCCAGGGAACCUGCUGCACUGCUAAAAAUAGAAUAAACCGACAGAGCAUUUCUCAUCAUGGGAAUUUCCCAACAGUGCAUGUAAUGUAUGCCGCGCCUGUCUGUGAGCAUGGAGUAGAUAAAACAGAUGUACAUGUACAGGCAGUGAAUGUAAAGGACAUCUUAGCCCUGUCAGAAUUACCACACAGACACAGAAAACUGCGCUGGAUCUUGGCAGAACCUUUUUUUCAACACUGUAUCAUAAAGAAAACUCACCAGUUCUCAUCAUGGAUGUUCAGCCUGGGUACUGUUGGCGAUGUGAGAAAGUCCUUCCUCAACAUCCAGUGCCUUGUACUUUCUGCACACUGGCCAAGUACUGCUCUACGUCAUGCCGACACAGAGAUGAAGUCAGACAUACCAGAAUUGAGUGCCAACUCUACAGGCCAAAGAAAUGUGAGGCUUGCGGCAGAACUGCUCCCACUCUUAGUGAGUGUGCUGGAUGCAACAAUUCUUGGUACUGCAAUAAAGAGUGUCAAAUGAGAGCUUGGCCGACUCAUAAAAAAUCAUGUGGUCGUGUCAAGGAUGUCAUAAAAGCACUAUCAAUCAAUCUUGCUGAAAGAAACUCAAUGCUAGCUUGUAACACGAGAGUCGCUGAUUCAAGUCAUUAUUUUGGUAAUACACUGGCCGAAGACUUCCUUAAACUAGACAACAAUGAGUGGUCUGAUGGAAUAAUGCCUGACCAGUUGACGAGGGACUUCCAUGUGUUAUCUGCUGGUUGUGGAGACUUGCGCAGCACGGUUUUGACAGCCGGUUCCCUACCUGAAAGAUACCAGGGAAAACUCCACAUCACCCUCAACGACUAUGACCCUUUCGUGAUGGCCAGAAAUGUCUUCUUUCUCUUCGUGUUGGUCCGCUUUGCAGACGAUGACAACAUUGCUUCCAGUUUGACGACCAUCUGGUACUCACUCCAUCUUCCAAAGAGAGAGUAUGACCUGAUCAAAACAAGCUUGGCUGAACUGAUUCAGAUGAAUGCUCAACAACUCUACGAUGCCACUAAGGGACUUGUGAGAGUCCUGGAAGAUGAUCUUAGGUAUCUCCGCCAAGUCUGGGAAAGAUGGCAAUCACUGGAAUGCCAACGAGACGGGAGAACCUCAAUCGAUCUCAGAGAGCAACGAAGGAGACGCUUUGAGCCAGAUGUAGUGAAAGAAGGUGUGUCCAUUUACCUAGCUCGUCUCUCGCCACCCGACCAGCUGUUCAUGAAGGGAUGGUAUGACCACGCUUUGUUUGUCCCCACUAAAACUGCAAAAGAAGAGCGAUACCCAUUUGACAAUCCAACACUUACUGGACGUGCUGCAAAAUUUGAGAACAGUUAUGACAUAACGGCACCAGAAGAUUGUUCAUUCGUGUACUGCAUCAAGGACUCAUCAUUUCCUUUUAAAGUCUGGGACUGUUUAAGAGUUCGCGAACACAGCGCUGGUUCCCACUCUUCUCCAAUGGUGAUGUACCACAAAUAUGUGACCAACCUUCUUCAGAAGGUCCAGCGACUCAUCCUUCACGCAAGAUUACAUGUCCAUAUUUCCCUGGCCAACUGUUUAGACUUUCCUAAUUUUCAUCAAACGUUGAACAUGCCCAACUAUGACCGCAUCUUUACCUCUAACCUUGCUGAUUAUGUUGGAUUUGCCAAACUCCUGCAGACAUUUAAGCCACUGCUGAAUGCCAGCAACAACUACUCAGCCAUUGUCACUGAGAGCAUGAACUGGAUUGAGAUCGUACCAGGAGCAAACAUCCAUGAUUGGACGUUAACGCCCGAGUUUAGGGAGUGCAUCCUAGCUUUGAAAUUAGACACUGGUAGCGAGGUUGAUGGAUUCAAUGGCUUAAGGGAGUACUUCAACAAUACUCUCUACUUUCUCAUGUAUCUCCGUGGAGACCUCAUGGCAGGUGGACUAGGUAUACCAACACUCAAGAAAGUACCCUCCUUUGCUGAUGUCAAGAAGUAUAGCGGCCUCCAAAUGCGGGACUUCAGAAACGGACUGAACAAACUUGUCCCAUUCCAGUACCGGGUGAAUGCAAGGGACCUCACCAUGAUGAAUGGAUAUGACAGAGCUGUGGAGUGGUGUCUACCUGGAAGUGAGGCUUAACUGGGUUAACUCUAUCCUACUAGUAGUUUGAGGGGAGAAAGACAGACCAAAAUCAAAGAAUGUGCAUCAAAACGAUGGCACUUUGGAUGGUACAUGUAUGCCCCAGCUCCCAAAUAAAUCAAGGAACAGUGAAACAAGAUGCAAGAUUUCAGCCAUUUUACAAAGUACCGUAUAUCGAGCCCAAGUGUGAAAGUUGCAUUUAUGGACAUUUUAAAUACUUGAAUUCUAAAAGAAUUGUACAUGUGUUUAUGUUAUUGCCAUCAUCAUUUUUACAUGUAACAGUCAAUAUUAUGUGAGAAAAA